AUGGAUUUUCUUCCGCCCGUGGGUACCGGGCCAUCGUUCUUUCUCGUGCCGGACAACCAUAACGCACAAAAGGUCAUCAACGAUCCAAACAACGCUGCGUACGUGGACGAGAAAGAUGGGGAACCUGCGCUGCACCUGGAUUUUACCGGCUUGGUCAACGACAAGAUUACCCUCGGUCGGUCAAAUUGCACAAUCACGCUUCCAGACCACUAUGGCGCAGGCAUUCAACGACGCCACUGCUACUUCCGGUGCAACUCGUCGACCGGUGCCGUCAUCCUCAACGACGAGUCCUCAACCCGAACUACACUUGCCUACGAUCAGGAUGCGGACUUCAGUGUUCCCAUGUCGCAGGCCAUGAACUCAGUCGUCGUUACGAGACGGUUCAACCGGAACAUUGCCAUCGGGAAUCGAAAAUACUACAAGUUCAAAUUGGUUUGGGACGGUGACGAACCCGUGAGGAAUUUUUUAACACAGCACCCGAACCAGUUCGGCCCCGAGUCGUUCGAUACAACCAAAGCACGCUACAUCCAGGGCCAGGUUCUGGGGAUGGGCGGCUUCGGACUCGUCCGCAAGGCAGUAAACAUCCACAGUGGACACGCCAUGGCUGUGAAACGAUUCUACAAUCUCGAAGGGAAGGGGCAUAUCAUGGCAAUUCGCGAAAUCAACAACAUGCUCAAGCUGUCCUCCAACAAUGCAAAGAAACACGACCAUAUCCUUCCCAUUCUCGACGUCGUGUACGACAAAGAACAGUAUCGGUGGAUUGAGAUUUUCAUGCCUCUACGAGACGGGUCCGUCUAUACUCUUAUUGAAGAAGCAGACCGUGCGCUGUCCGACGCCCAAAUUGCAGAGCAGGUUCUCUAUCAGAUGGCAAAGGCGCUCAAGUUCAUGGCUAAAUACAAGAUGGUCCACCGCGAUAUCAAGCACGCGAAUAUUUUAUACGAGACUCGCAUGCAGCAUGAUGGCGUCACACCAUACUAUCACUUCCAACUUGCUGAUUUCAAUCUGUCCAACGAGUCGGCCCAGGCGCGGACAUUUGCUGGUACCCCGGUGUUCAUGGCCCCGGAGGUUUACGAUCGUCAAUUGCAAUCGUGUACAGCAGACAUUUGGUCACUCUUUGUCACGAUUGUAUGGAUCUACAACUUUGACGGGUUCCGGACAUAUUCGGCAGACAACGGCUUCGAGCUGCGUGAUAAGAUCACGGGGAUUGCCCAGCAUGAGCUGUUUCAACAUAUCCGUGACAUGGCAAUCCAAGACCCGAGUCGCCGGGUGUCCGCAAGAGAGCUUGUGGCUCGCCUAGAAGGUACUUCGACGUCUGGCAGGGCCGACAGGACGAUGGGCACCGGGCUGCAUGACGAUGGCGACGGCGCUUAUGGCUACGUUCCGUACAUCACAGACGAUGUUGCCCAGAGCUUUUCCAACACCUUUGGCUCGUCCAGCCGGCAAUCGAUGAUGAGCAGCAGUGCCAUGAACGGCUUUUCGGCUAUGGCCGAGUUUUCUCUCGCUGGUGGCACCAUGAUGCCAAAUCCUUACCAAAACGGCCUCAUCGAUGAGCAUUACGAGUACACCGACCAGUUCCCACGCAAUGAAGAAGUCGAACUUGACGCAACGGCGGGUUUCGCCGAGUCGAAAGUAGAAGACGGCGAAGACGAACCCGGAUCGGGCGACGAAGACCGGCACAACAAGGGCACGGAGGCGGAGAGUGCUACACCGACAUAUGCCUUUACGACAGACUGA